AUGGCCGAGCAGUUGAUUCUCAAGGGUACCCUCGAGGGCCACAAUGGCUGGGUCACCAGCCUGGCUACCUCUAUGGAGAACCCCAACAUGCUCCUGUCCGCUUCCCGUGACAAGACUCUGAUCAUCUGGAACCUCACCCGUGACGAGUCCCAGUACGGUUACCCCAAGCGCUCCCUCAAGGGCCACUCCCACAUCGUCUCCGACUGCGUUAUCUCCUCGGACGGUGCCUACGCCCUGUCUGCCUCUUGGGACAAGACUCUCCGCCUUUGGGAGCUUGCCACCGGCACCACCACUCGCCGCUUCGUCGGCCACACCAACGAUGUUCUGUCUGUCUCCUUCUCCGCCGACAACAGACAAAUCGUUUCCGGCUCCCGCGACCGCACCGUCAAGCUCUGGAACACCCUCGGUGACUGCAAGUACACCAUCUCCGAGAAGGGUCACUCCGAGUGGGUUUCCUGCGUCCGCUUCAGCCCCAACCCCCAGAACCCCGUCAUUGUCUCCUCCGGCUGGGACAAGCUCGUCAAGGUCUGGGAGCUCAGCACCUGCAAGCUGCAGACUGACCACAUCGGCCACACCGGCUACAUCAACACCGUCACCAUUUCCCCUGAUGGCUCCCUCUGCGCCUCCGGUGGCAAGGACGGUACCACCAUGCUCUGGGACCUUAACGAGUCCAAGCACCUCUACUCCCUCAACGCCAACGACGAGAUCCACGCCCUCGUCUUCUCCCCCAACCGCUACUGGCUCUGCGCUGCCACUGCCAGCAGCAUCAUCAUCUUUGACCUCGAGAAGAAGAGCAAGGUUGAUGAGCUCAAGCCCGAGUUCACUGCUGUCGGCAAGAAGAGCCGUGAGCCUGAGUGCGUGAGCUUGGCCUGGUCCGCCGACGGCCAGACCCUGUUCGCCGGUUACACCGACAACAUCAUCCGUGCCUGGGGUGUCAUGUCGAGAGCAUAA